CUUUGAUGAUGAUUUUUGAGGUGAGACAAAGAAAUGCGACGAGGGGAGUGUCAAAGCGGCACCCUCAAUGUUGAAAACAUCGAAGGGAGGCUAGACAAAAAUUGUUGAGAGACUCACGAUUCUUCUUCCCCAGACCUAACGAGCAGCUACGAAAAAUGCAGUCGUUAAUGCGCUCUCCAGUGCCAGCGCGAGGGAUGCCGCAACAGGCAUCGCUGAUUGCACUCACCAAUUCUUGGUCGAGGGCACAUGGUAAGACAUGCGAUGAUGCCUUUCGAAGUCAACGUCGAAAUACGACGAUUCUCUGUGUCAGGAAGGAUAACAAGGUAGUUAUGUGCGGCGAUGGUUUGGUGACAGCGGGGCACUACAAGGUAAAGCCCAACGCGCUAAAGGUGAGGACAAUCGGAAAAGGUAUUUAGCUACUUCUUUUGGUCUGGCAAUAUGUUUCAGAAAUGGUUCUAUCAUUUGGUUUGUGAGAGCCAUGAUUGAUGCUUUGUUCGUUGUUUUAGGUAAAAAUCUCUGCAUGACCGGGUUCGCAGGCGGAACCGCGGAUUGCUUGGCUCUGUUAGAGCGGCUUGAGAUGAAACUAGAGGAAUAUCCUGGCCAGCUGGUCCGCGCUAGUGUUGAAUUAGCAAAGGCGUGGCGACUUGAUAAAAUGCUGCGACAAUUGAACGCAACAGUUAUUGUCGCAAAUGCGGAAGCAACGCUGGAACUUACAGGCAACGGAGAUUGCUUCGAGCCGCAUGAUGGCGUUCUUGGCGUAUAUUUAACUAUAAACUAAAUGUGAUUAUCUUUAUCAGACAUCCAUGACUAUAAAUAUUAUUCUCUCGCAUGAUGGUGCGGUUUUUUAGGUUUACAACGUUUUGGAGGAUGCUAAUUUACCCUAUGCAUAGUUUUUGUGACAAUCAAUUGCGAAAUGAAGUCAAAGUUGUGAAACGCAAAGACAUUAUUCAGAUCGGUUCCGGUGGGGCAUUUGCGACUGCAGCGGCCCGAGCGCUGGUCGAGUCUGGAGUAGCACUGGACGCGAGAGAGAUCGCGGUUCGUGCGUGCACAAUCGCCUCUGAUCUGGACACUGCCACCAACGCUCGUUUUACAAUCGAGGAAAUCGACGUUACAAAGUUGAGCCCCGCAGCCGCCUCGGAGGAAAAUGCGCCUGGUGGAACUGACGGAACAGAAUCCCAGGAAGAUGGCGAAAAGGCAACCGCGACUUCUGCGACAGCAAGUGCGUCUUCUGGUGGACAGCCAAAUAUGGGCAGAGCAAGUAGUACACUGCCUCUAUCAUCUGCGACUGUCGGCACAGGCCUCUAUCCGAGAGGCUCUGUCGAGGAUUUCUGCGGCAGGUAUUGCAGGGGUGUGCCUGAGCUGAACCAGAAGGACGCAAUUAUGACGCUCUGAUCCGCACGCGCUGAAGCGUCCGUGUCGAGUGGCUUUGCAAAUUGAAAAUAGUAUCAGAUGAGUCGAUGUGGUCCUCUAGUUCAGUUUCAGUACUCAGGGAAGUAGGUAUGGGCAUAGGUGCUGAAGAGUUAUUUUAUAUCGAGGACUUGUUUCAUUUUGUCAAAUAUGAGUCCUUAUUUGUACAUAUCUAAACUGACGAGGGCUCCCCAAGGGUCCAAAUCAAAUUCAAUGUAAGCAGAGAAAAGUCCCAAUCCCAUCGGUAUACGUCCAGGUCAAUGAUUGAACAGGCGAACACGCUGGCUAGUAUUAGAAGAUACGAUUUGUUGAUAAACGCACCUUUAUCCAUCGGUACCGCUCCUCGUAAUUUUGAAGCACCUAACAGGCAUUUAGGAUUUUGUAUACCAGGAGAAGCCAUUGGCCUACGUGACCAAAAAAGCGCCAUGCGCAUCCGAUUGACGAAAAAGUAGGACGCUCGUCGUGCCGACAACCCAGUAUUUGCAAUAUCCGCCAGCAUUCGCGAC